GAAACCGAACGACUCUCGCGAGGUGCGCACACGCAACGCUCGCUGGCCAAAAGCAACAAUAAACACAAUAAAUAAUAAAUACAAAAAGCUAUCAUCAUGUAUCUGGAUACGAAAAACUUGACAGCUAGCAGCAACAACAUCACAACAACAAUGGGUACAGUGGAGCCUAAGGCGACACGACGAAUGCGUAAAGUUUGGCAGCCACUGCGCAAACUAUUGACAGUGGGUGGCAAAAGUAGAGCCACCGCACAGCCGCAUCCCAAUAAUGUGGAUCUCAAUAAUACACAGCUGACGCUGCUGCCGCCAUUGGAGUUGCUGCACAGCGUCGAUGACAACGAGAGCAAAUCAACGCCCGAUGAGUCUAUCACAAAGUUUGCCGAGAGAGUUCAGCUACAGCUGCAGGAGGAGUUAGCACAGACACCACCACCGCCCAAUACGCCCACAUUGAUCAGCAGCGUGUACGUGGAGAAGGCCAGCACACAGAGCUGCAAUGCCUGCCAGCAUGGACGCAACUGUCAGCACAGACAUCACAGCAACAACAUCAACAACAGCAACAACAGCAACAACAGCAACAACAGUCUUGCAACACACACGAUGCCUCAGUCGACGCCUACGCCUACGUCAACACUGUGGGAUUUGCAACUCCCGCUGCAGUACAUCAGCACCGACAACGGCACCUUCUUCUGGGCCAACACACAGGAACGCGUGGACGAUGAUCUGUUGCACGCCUGGCUCUGUCAAAGCUUUAGCCAAUUGCCCGGCACACUUUGCUAGCCAACUGCCUGAGAGCCAAGAGUCUUAAUGUGUCGCCCCCUUAACCGGAUAACAGAUCUCAUUUGGUAUGCUCGUGACUGAGUCUCUCGUGGUCCUUAAUUACCUUACCAAUUUACCAAGCCAGCCGAGGAUCAGCAUGGUGCAUUCCAAUUCUCUUAUUAGUUAUUUGUUCACACAAUUAUUUAUUUCUUUUUUGCGCAAUAUUUACUUUUGUCAAUGUGAUAUCAAUUUGCAAAUAAAUGAAAAACUAUUGUACUACAGUUAA